AUGGCGCGAGACGGAUGGACGCCGGAGAUGUUUCGAAAGGAUAACAUCGGAAAUCUGUUGGCGACGACGAAGAGUUGCUUGCCGUGUUGUUUAGUAUCUUCGUCGUCGAUGAAAAAGUCCUCUUCCUCAAACGAGGAGGAGGAGAAGAAGGAUGACGACGACGACGAGAAGAAAAGGAAGAGAAAGAUUACGCCGCAGUUGCCGCCAGAAUCUUCUCCUCCAGUAGAUAAACUCUACGCGUCCGAACCGCCGUUACAAGCGAACGCGGUCGUCUUCAACUUUCCGUUUACCGACGACGACGAAUAUUUCGAGUGCGCGAGAAGCGCGACGGGAGGCGCCAGUUUGGAAGAUUUCAAUCGCGUCCGAAUCAUCAACGUUUUAAACGAAACGGAGAAGGACGAUUUAGAGACGAGGCUGUUCGAAUGCGGGGUGCCGAUGAAAACGCUCUACGACGUGAACGAGAGCGUUUUCGAGGAGAGCAGGAGGAGAGAUUAA